AUGAAGCUGCCACGUCUGUCACUACCAGUUUUUGAUGGAAAAUACUCCGACUAUAAAAACUUUAUAACAUCGUUUAAGUUAGUCGUUGAUAAGCAGUCUACUUUGUCAUCCAUCGAAAAGUUCAAUCAACUAAUCAAUUGCUUACGUGGCCCGGCCUUAGAAACUGUCAAGGCUUUUCAAAUCACUUCGGAAAAUUAUUCAAAGGCGCUGGAACGCCUCAAGGCCCGCUACGAUAAUCCAACGCUCGUAUUCUUGGACAACAUAAAUUCGCUUUUUACUUUACCUAGUGUUUCAAGGUCAAAUGCGAAACAGCUUCGUAGCCUGAUCGACAACUCAUCAGCCUUGUACAAUUCAUUAUUGUCACUGGGUAAUGCAUCGCAAAUUGCUGAGGCUAUGCUCAUCUCCAUCGUUAUGGAAAGGGUGGAUCAAGACACCAAAAAGAAAUGGAAUGAGCAUUUGAACUUCAGCGAUCUUCCUACAUGGACAUCCUGCGUUUCGGUUGUCGAACGACAUUGCCAAAUCUUGGAGUCAAUAAGUAAGCCCGGUACCGAUAGUAGCGCGAGUCAGCAAGCUAUUGGUAAGCCACGAAACCAAAAACACCAGCGCCAAGGGUUGACUUUCAACUGCACAUCGCAAACGUGUCAUUCAUGCGCUAGCACGGAGCACAGAACUUACAGGUGUCCUCAAAUCGUUGGUGCUACACUCAAUCAGCGUCAUCAGGCUGCGAAAUGCCCAUCCACACACAGGUGUCGAUCGUGUUCUCGCUCCCAUCAUACACUAUUGCAUCGUGAUUCAGCUGGUAUGUAUUCGUCUUCACCGCAGUCAACUCCGCAACUCCCUGAAGUACCACAGAAGAACUCAGAAGCAGCUGUUCACACUCACACCGGCUUGAAUCGAAUAAUUUUAGCCACAGCUUUGGUUCUGGUCAAGGAUGCGUCAGGCUGUUAUAAAAUUGGUCGUGCGCUCCUAGACUCUUGUUCACAAGUCAAUUUCGUAUCGGUUCAAUUCGCACAGGUUCUCCGAUUACCUCGCAAACGAAGCCAUAUGGAAAUUCGCAGCAUUGGAGAAUCCCAGACUCAGAUAAAACAUCGAACGUCUACAACAAUCAAGUCACGUUUUGGAGAAUUCGAACUACCGCUAGAUUUCUGUGUUACUUCGAAUGUUGCAUAUCAUCCAGACACAGAAAUUGAUAUCUCAUCAUGGAAGCUGCCUCAAAAUACUCCGUUGGCCGACGAAGGGUUCAACUAA